AAAAAUUAAAGCAAAAUGUCGCUAUCUCAACUUGUUUCUUUGAUGAACGAGCUGCAGGAGCCUCGCACUCCCCUCUACGAUUACGGAUUGGGAAUUCAUCCAAUUCAGCUGCAACCUAGAACCACUCGUCAGCUGUUAUUGACUCCCUGGAGUUUCCCAGACUAUCCCGCUUCGACGGUUGGAGAGAUUUUGGCCGGCCGUCGCAGGCGUGACUUGGCCAAGUCCGCAAAUGGAUCUGGAGAUGGCUGGCAGUGGCCACUCUCGCAAGUGGGCAAAGACGGAUUCCAGGUGUGCAUGGAUGUCACUCAGUUCACUCCCAGCGAGCUGAGCGUCAAAGUAGUGGACAAUUGCGUUGUCGUCGAGGGCAAGCACGAGGAACGCGAAGACGAUCAUGGCUACAUCUCACGCCAUUUCGUGCGCCGCUAUGCUCUACCCAAGGGCUACGACGGAGAUAAGGUCGUCUCCUCGCUAUCGUCCGAUGGCGUACUCACUGUGAGUGUACCAAAGCCACAGCCCAUCGAGGACAAGUCCAAGGAGCGUGUGAUUCAAAUUCAGCAAGUGGGCCCGGCUCAUCUGAACGUCAAGCGCAACGAGGACGAGUCGAAGGAGAACGAGAAGGACAAGAAGGAGAAGAAUGCCAGCAAUGGCAAAUAGAAUCUGGAAACUAUAAGCUAGAACAGCCUC